AGCCAGAUAGAUGCCUUUGCACAAAUAGACUAUUCCCUAGUUAGUUCUCCAGCAGUCUUCAAAUCACACAUUAACUUGGAUUUGAAGGGCACAGUUUAUCCAGUAGGAAAUCACACAGACCCUCCCUUUGUGCCAGCUCCAUUUGGUCUCUCAAACCAUGGUGAUUCCAUGCUCUACCUGGGAGUCUCCAAUUAUUUUCUUAAGUCUGCUUCACUGGCUUACUACAGAGCAGGGGCCUUUAACAUCACCAUUUCCAAAGAGCUUGCUGCUACAUUUAACCUAAAUACAGCCAUACUUAAAGAUUUUGUUCCUGAGAUUGCUCUGCAUUAUGUAACAGCAUGCCCAGUGCUUCUGAAACUGAUGGCUACAUCACCACCCGUGGUCAGUUUGCAGGCAGACAGAUGCAGCCUGCAGAUCACUGGCUGUGUAGAAGUGUUUGCUGUUCUGCCAAAUUCAACUUCCCAGCACAUCUUUACAGGGAAUCUAAAUUAUGUUUACAACGACCUGAGGUUUAUCCAAAUCAUAACAAACACUUGA